AAGCGACAAACAUAACCUCGAAUACGGAAUAGCACUCAAAAAAAGUGUUUAUAGUUAGCGCAGCCUCGUUAUUUAGGUGAAUUUUUUUAUAAAAUCAAUAAAAAAUUUAGUGUGACAAGUUUUUAGCUUAAUAGGAAAAUGCCUCUGCCAGCAGCACUAGCAGCACGACUCGCAAAGAGAGGAUUAUUGAAUAGUAAUAACAACAAAGCAGAUCCUAGUAAAAAAGAACCUAAGAAAAAGGUACACGAAGAAGUUAUAGCUGAGGAUUAUGACACGUCCAAAGAAGAAAUCAGUCAGAUUGAUAUUGCACAAAAAUUCAUGGGCUACAGCGGAUGUCCAAACAAAUACAAUAUAUACCACGAGUGUACGAGAAAGUGCAAAGAGCUGUGGGGCAAAGGACACAUACAGCCAUCGGAAAGGUACUUAAAGCGACAGAUGAAACUUGUUCAAAAGUACCCUCUACCCGAGACCUGGAAAGCUAUUUAUGAUCCUGGAACUGGAAGGCACUACUACUGGGACUGGUCAUCAGAUCUAGUUGCCUGGUUACCUCCAAGUCAUCCACGUUGUCAGAUUUCGCAGCCAGCCUCUCAGCUCCGUGAGGAACUACACUUGAAAGAAGCAGAGCAGGAUGACAACAUGUCAAGCGAUGAAAGUGGCAGCGAUCAAGAACCAGCAGAGGUGGACGAUCAAGAGGCAAAGAAAAAACGAGAUGACGUUCCACAAAAGGAAGCUCGAGAUAAAGACAGCAGUAAUCGUGACAAAGAGAGCGUUCGGGAGAGGUACAAAGGUGGUGAUUCGAGAAGGUACCAGAAACCGGACAAAAACAAAGACAGCAACAAGAAAGAUCGAACCUUGGAUCCGAUGGACCCGGCCGCGUACAGCGACAUACCGAGGGGCAAGUGGUCGGACGGUUUAGCAAAACAGAACGAGGCCAAGACUGGUGCAGAUACAACAGCCGCCGGUCCGCUGUACCAGAUGAGGCCAUACCCCAGCCCUGGAGCAGUUCUCAGGUCUAACAAGACCAGCAAACCCGAACCGGAGAGCGGCGCUGGCAAAUCCAAGGCCGUCUCGUUCCCGGAGGAGCCAGAGUAGUUAAAACUUCGAAUCAAUGAACUUUCUUAAUCAUUAAUAGUAUUUUAUAUAGUUAUAUAAAUAAUACAAUAAAACUAGAUUUAAUUACACGAA